AUGAAGAUGCAGUUUUCAGACAAAAAGCCGGGCGCGGGCAGGCUGCCUCCCACCUCCGUCCUGCGGCUGUCCCCGCCCGGGCGGGACUACAGCGCCCGUCGGUCCCUGCGCGCUGCCCCCACACUCCCGCCUCCCGCCGCUAUCGCCUGCCUCCUGCCAGCCGGGAGCCGGACCCGGCUCACCGAGAGGGGCUGCGGCCGCCGGGCAGGGCAGGGCAGGGCGGGGGUGCUGCGGGCCGUGGCCGCCCUCGGGGGCGGUGGCGGGGUGGAGCCGGGCGGCCCCGGCCCCGUCCGUGCGGGGGAGCGGCUCCCGCAGCCUCGCUGCCCCGUCCCGUCCGCUCCCGCCGCCGCGGCUCAUGAGGUGAAGAUGGUGAUCCGCGUCUUCGUCGCCUCCUCCUCGGGCUCGGUGGCGAUAAAGAAGAGGCAACAGGAUGUGGUGAGGUUUCUGGAAGCCAAUCGCAUAGAGUUUGAAGAAGUGGAUAUCACCAUGUCAGAGGAGAAAAGACAGUGGAUGUAUAAAAACAUUCCUGAGGAUAGGCAGCCUGCACAGGGCAAUCCGCUGCCACCACAGAUAUUCAGCGAUGACCGGUACUGUGGAGAUUAUGAUGGCUUUUUUGAAUCAAAGGAGAGCAACACUGUCUUCUCCUUUCUUGGACUGAAACCUACUUUGGCAUCAAAGUAGGCAUCAGAACACUAGAAAGCCCAUGUGAAGUGUCAACAAGCACAUUCCUGAGUGGAUGACCCUGUUCUUCAGCACAUAACAGCUUCCCUAAUGGAUCACUGUGAUAGAGCAAACAUGCAUCUUUAGUAGUAGUCUGCUUGCCAUGAGAUGGUGCUCUCCGAUAGUGUGGAGCUAAUGACACACAUACGAAACAGGCCGGGCUACUCAUCUUCCUUUUUAAUAGUACUCACUGUUGAUGUUUCACUUUUGUCUUUGGAUUGCUCUUGCAAAUGGCCCUGAUAUUCUAACAGACACAUAUGUUUGAGAGUAAGGAGUGGAAGUGUAGGGCUUAUGUCAUUCAUGGAUAUACUUGUGUAGUCAGAUUUCUUACUGUUUUUAAUUCUUCCCAAAUUAGCUCAUCAUGAUAGUUAAAGUGCUGGUGGUUAUUAGUCUGUGUUGGCUAUGAUCCAGAAUAUAAAAAACAUGAAUCUUGAGAUCUCAGUCUAAGCAAAUAACUGCUGUAUUUUUGCUCUACAUUUAUUUAUUGUGAUGUUUAUUCCAGAUCAUGGUUAUUUUAAGAGACAUGGGCUGCUAAUAUUGUUCAUGAAAACUUGAUUUGUCUAAUGAUGCACAUUGCAACUGACUGUUUAAAACCAGUUCCUUUCAUGAGGGAGGUGCCAAAGUGAAAUAUUUUGACAUUUCCUCUUCCAAAAGCGGGUGAAAUGUGCAUGAAAAUGCUUGGUGGAAAUACUGGGGAGUUCAGAAGAACUAAAGGGGUCUCAUAGCUAAUGGUAAUAUGAAGUUAUCUCUUAACUGAGAAGGUCUUAACGCCCACAGUUGGAGCUUUGUAGUUGGUCUAUCUUGAAAUUUUGCCAAAACCUUCAGUUUACCUCUGAUAACACACAGCUCCACCCCAAGCCACAUGAGAGUCAGGGGGAUACUCUGAGAGUCAGGGCUCAGUCUCAUGGGUGGUUAACCCUCUACCAUGGUCCAAGAGCACGCCUAACUUGCCUAGCUGUUUUCCUGGUUAUAUCCCCAGAUGUGGUCAUGUGGUGGUGCCUCAAAGACAGUGAGAAAGCUGGGGGUGUGCUUUGCUGGAUGAGACCACAAUGGCAGCUCAGCUGGGGAACAGGAGCCAAGUAAAGGAAGUGGAGAGUAUUCCAAGGAGACUGCAUUGAUGCGUAAAGCAGAACUUAGGCCCAUGACUUGCCAACAAACAUUAAAAAAUACAUUUUAGAGAGAAGUCAAAUUGCAUUAUGCAUCUUGAAUCAAGUUUGGCU